AAUUGCUUUUCUUUUUUUUUUCUUUUUCUUUUCUCCAAAGUAAAAUUCGUUCUUUUUCUCUUUCCCUCUCUCUAACUGUAGAGGUUUGUCGGAAGAUUCUCUCCGGUUUCCAUUGCUUUUGUUCGAUACUCAAAGCUUCAGCGUACGGUUCUAGGGUUUUCUGUAUUCUUCGAAAUUUUCUCUCAGGUUGCUUCAUUUGGACUUUGGACCACGUUGGAGAUCAAAACGGAUCACUGCUUGGAGUUGUUUGAAUCCAAAGAACAUGAGUAUAUAGUUUCUUGUAAUGUCUAUAACAUGCAGACAGAGUUACAGGUCUCUUUGCCCUCUGAGUCACACCUUCAUCCAGAGAAUAUAUCAGUUCAGAAUGGGGAUCUUGAUGUAACCUCGUCCACUGCAAAUUAUGUCCAGCCUAAGAAGCCUGCAAAAAGACCCACGCGGCAAUGGGCUGCUUGGACACGUCAAGAGGAGGAAAGUUUCUUCACUGCACUACGACAAGUCGGCAAGAAUUUUGAGAAGAUCACUCGCCGCGUCCAAAGUAAAAACAAAGAUCAGGUUAGACAUUAUUACUACCGACUUGUAAGACGUAUGAACAAGCUGCUCGGUCCAGCGUUGUGUCUGGAUGCCAAGAACUCUAAAGAUACUAAUGCUGCAAUGCUUCGAUGGUGGUCCUUACUGGAGAAGUACAGCUGCAAAGCCUCAAAGCUUCACUUGAAGCCUCGAAGAUUUAAGAUAUUUAUAGAAGCCUUGGAGCAUCAACUCUUGAAAGAUAGGAGGAAGAAUGUAAAGAAGAGACCUUCCCAGGGGGAAAACUCUCCUCCUGCUGCUUCAAGCACUGUAUCAAACCAGAGUAGAGGAUCAGGACAGGAUGCUCGCACAAUUAAACUGGUUCUUGUUGAUAGUCAAAACAUUCAAAAAUUAGGAUCUGGAAAAACUUCAUUUAAGCGCAAUGUUAAUGUAGGUGUUAACCGUAGUAACAACAAAGGAGACUCUACUAACAUGAAACCUGCAAGGCAACGACGGAAACCAGCAGGUGUUGCCUCAUCAGCUGCGUAUAAGAAAUGGGAAAAAGCCGCAAUUGCUGGGGUUUCUUUGGUUGCAGAUGCUGCUGAACAUUUGGAGCGGGCAGCUACCGAUAAAGAGGUUGAACAUGACCCAGGUGCUCCAGGCCAAAAGGAUUCUGAUCAUGUUGGCAAUGUUCUGCCUCCUUUGCCUACCUUUUCGCAAAAUUUUGUUGAGAACAAUAUACUUACUUCUAUGAAGCUCAAGCUCCAAUUGUUUCCAAUUGAUGAUGGCACUCGGAGAUCCUUGGAAAUGGAUAAGCAUAAUCCUCACCUGGAGCUCACUCUUAGUACCCGGAAGAAGAUAUCAUCAGUAUUGGAACAUCUAAAUCGCAAAUGGGGAAAUUCAAGUAUUGCAGCUGGAGAGCUAAUGCUUUUCCCUUAUGGUGUUCAAAGGGAAAACCUGGUGGGUUAUCAGAGGUGGACACAGGACUCAGUUGUUAGUGCUGCAGAUGUAUAUGCAGUUCUAGGAAGGCCUCCUGUUUUCCGUUUAAGGUAUGGUUGGUUUUCCAAUGCUGAGCUUGCAUCAGCAGUGUUGCAAUCACCUACAGCGUCCUGCAGCUUUCUGGGUGAACAAAAUGUGAAUAAGGACAAUAUAAAGGGGAACAACAUAGGUUCAGCACCCAUCUCUGCACCAUUGGCUAAUGAUCGGUCUGUGGAUCUCUAUGAGGAUCAACUAACAUCAGUGAACGAGAACAAUGAUCUUCCUCCCUCGAUCGAUGUGCCCAGUGAGAUGAAUAAUUACAAUUGCAUGGGUCCAAACAGUAAACUUGCAGAAUCUGCUGAUCCUGCAGGAAAUAUAUCAUGGAACAGAAAGGAGGCUGGUGAUGGGACUGUCACGAGACAAUUAGAAGAUUUGGAUGACCUGAGAUUAGGUGCUAGUACUGCAAUAUCAGCUGGGGAGUGGGCUGAUAGCCUUACAAACAUUAGCAUCGGAGAUCUACUUUCAGGAGUUUCUCAUGAUAUUGAUGCUAAUUGCAUUGACCAACCUGUUGCCGAAAGCUCUCAAUGCCUUCAGCAGAUUCCAUUCAGUUGUGAUUCAUUUGAUGCUGCCAUUGCUGCUCACAUAUCUAAACAUCAGGACAAGAUGGGAUAUCAACCAACUAUGCCAUCCCAUGCAUCUUCCAUCUGGGAUGCUGAAGAAACUUGUGAUGCCUUCUCAUUUAAAAGGAACCUUGUUCUUCGGCAGGUCGAUCCAACUUUGUCCAGUGUUGCUCCUCCAGGCUCCUGCAAACAGACUUCCCCAACAAGCUUGGAGGUUACUGGCUGUUUGGUUGAGGAAUUACCUGAAGUUGAGAAGCCUGUUGAAAACCCUGUGCAAGGAGACCCUAUGGAUGAAUCUCAGUGUGAUCCACAUAUCCUGGACAAUUCGGCAAAGGAUUUCAACACACUAGCAGACAUAUAUUGGCCGGAGUCUCUAGGACCGCUAGAUUUGGAUAUACCGUCUUCAAAAUACCAUAGUGAAGAUUUGAUUCUAAGUGAUAGCCUUAGUGGUUUGAACCGUCUAAUAGCCAGCAGUCUGGAUGCAUUUCAAAAUUGCUCCUUUUUUGGGUUAGACAAGAAAGAAUCAGCAUCAGCAGUUGAAGCUCGAGAAGCAACCUCCUUUCCAAAUUUUAAAAUUGGCAGUGGGGUUUGAGAAGAUUUCAGGUUGAUAUUCAUACAAAGCAUGAGCUUUGUUGUUGGCAUUUAGCAAGGAUAAUCAUGUCCCAUUUGCCUGACUUUAGAGUUCACGUGAAAGGGUUUGUGCAGGCCAGUACAGUUGUGGUUUUGUGCAUGAAGUUUCUCAAUCCAAAAGUCUCUCCCUGUUGUACACAAAUAGAUAUGGAAUAACUGCAAGCAGUCCUGUAUUCCAACUUGUAUCUUUUGUUAUGUGGCUGUAAAUUGUAUUUCAUGGAUGAUGUGAGAAACUGUACAAUCCCAAUAGACAAAAAGAACAAAAUCAUCUGAUCUAACAUCCUGAUGUGCUUUCAAAGACUACUAUACAUGCUAAUGAUCUGUACGAAUUUUCAUAGAAAAUGAUGUGGCAGCACGCUCCCAAGAAUGUUUUUUUU